ACCAUCCCUUGCAGGAGUCGAGGAAUGGAACUGGCAACCUUGUGUAAAUCCACCCAAAUUUUAUCACUGCUUCCAAAGCAUCAGUUAAGACAGAUGAGGGAGGAAUAGAGAUUCUGUCCAGUACUAACUUUAGCCAGGAAUCUGUGUAUUAAGGAGUUGUGUAUUAAGGAGGUUUCCUGGAGAGUCUGAGACAACUAGUCCUUGAUCCACGAUGGCAGAAGCAAAGCGGUUUAAUAAAUAUAAGCCACUUACAUGUGGGGCUGCCUAUUAACUCUGCCACUUGGCCAAAUGAUUUAAAACCAUCUCCAAAACCAUGCGUCCUGUAAAAUGUGUAAUUACAGCAUUGUUUUGGAAGAUCCCAUGUGAUAAAACUUGCAGAGCUUAGAACAGUAGGGCGCACUUAAGCCCUCAAUAUAUUAUAAUUGUCAUCAUAAGUACCAUGGAGAUCUUUCUAAGAAACAAUGCAAUGACCUUAGAAAUGUAUCAAAAAAUAACAAUAAGGACUGAUGGAUAUAGAUGUGGUGAGAUAAGGUAUAGUAAAAUGUUAAUAAUAAAAAGUUGAAAUAGUAAAAAAUUAAAGGGAAAAUGUUCACUGUAAAAUUCUUUCAACUUUCUGUAUGCUUGAAAAUGUUCAUAAUCCAACGUUGGGGAACAAAUGCAUUGUGGUGCACUUUAGGAGGAAGGAGAGCUAAGUUCUGUUCUUGUUUUUAACAAAAACGGUAUGAAAAAGAAAAAUGAGCGAGCUCUUCUCAACUCCGUCCCGCCUUUGGGCUGUGGGCCUUUAGUAAUCCUGCUUAAAUGAAAUCAUCGAGAACCGCUUGCGAAAUACCAAAUCCUCGAGAGCAAGGCCCAAGGCUGCCAAAGCCUCGCAAGGGACAGGGACGCGCUCCAAACUCCCCCAUCCCGCGUCGGUGCCGAGGAGGCGGGGCUGGAGCGAGCCCUGGCGGAAACAUGGCUCGUCCGUUACCAGGGGGUUCUCGGCCGACUCUGGCCGCCUGGCGCUGCGUGUAAAUAUUUUUUGGCAGGGCGGGGGAGAGAAGCAUCAAAUUUCUGGGGGGGUGGGGGAAACCCACCCAAACCCCACCGCCCUGGCGGGCGGGCGCGCGCGAUGGGCGCACUUCGGCUGCGGGAGUGAGUGGAGGAUGCUGGGAAGGAGGUAAAAUGGCCACCGGCGGCGGCGCCGAGGAGGAAAGGAAGAGGGGGCGGCCGCAGCUCCUGCCAGCCACGCGCCCAGCAGCCCGGGCCGAGGAGGCCGAGGUCGGCCGCGAGAAGAUGGGCUGGGCCCAGGUGGUGAAGAACUUGGCCGAGAAGAAGGGCGAGUUCCGCGAGUCACGACCGCCGCGGCGGGAGGAGGAAAGCGGCAGCGGCGCGGGCGGCGCACUAGGCGCCCCCGCGAGCCUGGCGGCGCCGGGCCUCAGUGACUUUCCCCCCGCGGGCCGCGGGGACCCGAAGGGCCGCCGGAGAGACCCGGCUGGCGAGGCGGCGGACCCCCGCAAGAAAAAGGGCGCAGCGGAGGCGAGCAAAAGAAAGAAGGCCGAGACGGCGGCCAUGGCGUCCCCAGCCAGGUCCGGCGCAGCCGAGGACGAGGCAGAGCUGCCCCCCCAGGAUGAACCGGUGGCGUCGGUGGGCCCAGCGGCCGGCCCGGGCAAGGGCCGCUUCCUCGUGCGCAUCUGUUUCCAGGGAGACGAGGGCGCUUGCCCGACCCGGGACUUCGUGGUGGGCGCGCUCAUCCUGCGCUCCAUCGGCAUGGACCCGAGCGACAUCUACGCGGUCAUCCAGAUUCCCGGCAGCCGGGAGUUCGACGUGAGCUUCCGCUCGGCGGAGAAACUGGCCCUGUUCCUACGCGUCUACGAGGAGAAGCGCGAGCAGGAAGACUGCUGGGAGAACUUUGUGGUGCUGGGGCGGAGCAAGUCCAGCUUGAAGACGCUCUUCAUCCUCUUCCGGAACGAGACCGUGGAUGUGGAGGACAUCGUGACCUGGCUCAAGCGCCACUGCGAUGUGCUCGCCGUACCCGUGAAAGUGACCGACAGGUUUGGGAUCUGGACCGGGGAGUACAAGUGCGAGAUCGAGCUGCGCCAGGGGGAGGGCGGGGUCAGGCACCUGCCUGGAGCCUUCUUUCUGGGGGCCGAGCGGGGCUACAGCUGGUACAAGGGGCAGCCCAAGACGUGCUUUAAAUGUGGUUCCCGGACCCACAUGAGCGGCAGCUGCACGCAGGACAGGUGCUUCAGGUGCGGUGAGGAGGGGCACCUGAGCCCUUACUGCCGGAAAGGCAUCGUGUGCAACCUCUGUGGAAAGCGAGGACACGCCUUUGCCCAGUGUCCCAAAGCAGUUCACAAUUCCGUGGCAGCUCAGCUCACCGGCGUGGCCGGCCACUGAACACCCGCCUACCUGCCAGGGUGAACACAGAGCCAGCUUACCCCUCUUAAGUGCCAAAACUUUUUUUUAAACCUUUUUUAAAAUCGCGUUUGAAGGAGAUCUUUCUAAACCUACAAGAGACAUCUCUCUCUGCCUUCUUAAACCGAGUUUACUCCAUUUCAGCCUUUUCUGAAUUGGUGACUUUCAUCUGUAACGACUACCGAGACAGUAGUGUGGAGAUGUGUCUCCCCUCCCGUUUUUUUUUUUGUUUGUUUGUUUGUUUUCUGUAUUGGGGGACUUUUGUGUGUGUAUUUGUUACUCCCCACGCCUUGUCUUCUCGAGUUUUCACCUUUUUAAGCUGCCUCGGGCUGCCUUGCUCAUCUUUAUGCCCCAGCACUAGGUACGGGGGCCCAACACAUGAUAAGCACUCCAUCAGUGUUUUGUUGACUUAAGAACAUUGUUGACUGUGGCUUUUUUAAUAUGCUGCUUCUAAUCUGUGUGGUCUGAGAAUUUGUAAAACCAGUGUUGUUAGAAGUGUAUGUAAUCUGAAUCAAUAAGCUCUGAAUGGUGGCCAGGGGCCUGUCUUAGGCAUUAAAACACAUGGACUUUGUGAUAGCUCUUUCAGUGGCUCAGAAGCCAUUUUUCAUAGAAUCUAGAAUUUUCCUAUUGGAAAGGACGCAGAAAUUGGUUUCGACCAGUCCCUUGGUUUUCCAAGAAUGAAACAGGCCCAGAGAGGUUAAAUGACUGGGUUAAAAUUACAUUGCCCUCUGGUGCCAGAGCUAGCCUAAGGUAGAGUUCCCUGACCCCAAGCCCGGUGCUCACUCCACUACCUCUCACACUUCACAACAAUUUCCUCAAUACUGGAGGGCCCAAGAAGUGAUCUCUCCAGAAUAAUGAGCCCAGAGGAAUGCUAAGAAAUCAUCUGGGGGAGGAAGCAGAAAGAGAAGAUUUAGCAGGGGCUUCUGAAUUCUUGGGAGAUAGGAAAGGGACAAAGAAACAUAAUCCAGGGUGCACUCUUUGCUCCCUGGGGUACUAUAUCUGGAUUAAGGCGUGCCUGGUCCUUUGGGGCCUUACCCUUCCUCAUUCAUUGCCACCAGUGAGAAAUGGCGGUGCUCCUGUGUAAGGAAACCUAUCAAAGGUUUACAUUUGCACCUGAGCCUCAAUAGCUGGAAAUGCCAGAGAAGCAGCUAGUGAAGCUCAUCUGCAAACCUCCUAACUCUCAGAAGACGAUUUUAACCCAGAAUUAUAAGUGAGUUGUUAACUCUAAAAUGUACUUGUGAAAUAGUCCAAGCGAGAGGACAUUGGGUCAACUAAGUGUUAACAAGUUAAAGUAGAAAAGAAUACACUACUUUUCUUUUAGUUUUUGUCUUCCCUUUGCAUUAUGUUUUGCUAUUUCCUUGUGGCUUAGAAUGUAAAACCCAUUGUUAAAAAUUUUGUUCUAAAU